UUUUGACGUUUUCAGUUGCUGUCGUGAGCAAAUUGGUUACAUUUUUAUUAGUAAAAAUAAUAAAUUGUUAAUAAAUAUAUCAAUUAUUAUUAGAAACCUACAUAUUGCAAGUCGUUGAAACGAGUAGCGUUAAAUAUGUCCGGUAUUCAGGAUAAUAAGGUCGUACUAUCGAAUCAAGACAAGAAAAACGUGGAAGUUACUGCGAGCCAAAAGAAGAAACGACCCCGUCAACGCAUUCGCAAACGAAAUAAAAAAUACAUAAAUAAUUCUGAAACAAACCCUGAAUCAUUGGAACCGGUCGCUAAAAAAACGAAUGGAACUAUUCUGGAUACACUGCAAAUAAAACCUAUUGAAAGCCGUAAAUCUGUCAUAGAAGUUUCUCAAUCAUCCAUUGACUCGGUGCCUUUUGACACAAUUGAAAGAAAAGACUCGCAAACAAUUGGUUCAAAAACGAUUUCUGAACAUAUUUUAUCAAAGUCUCAUGAAGCUCCAAAUGCUAAGAAAGAAGAAAUUGAACUAGAUUCUUCAAAAAACCAAACUCCUAAAGCCCUAACGAAUAUUCAAAUUACAAAUUUAGAAAAUAAACAUACUUCAGGAUUUGAAAAGGACGACUUCAAAAAAGGCUCAAAUAUGUCAGCAAAUCCUACUCCUACAAUUAAUUCACCGGCUGGAAAAUCGCGUGAGGAAAUUAUGGCCGAACGUGAAGCUAAAAAAUUGGCGAAACAAAUGAAAAAGACAAAGUCAUUGGGCACUAAUCCAGAAGCUGCAUCCAACGCAGCACCAGUUACCAGUAAACCCGUAGCACACGUUAUUAGCCAAAAGCAGGAAGUCAUUGCCAAACCUCCUCCAAGUGAAAUUGACACUCAAACAACUGCGGCUGUUGACAAAAGUCGUGAGCAAAUAAAGGCUGAACGUGAGGCCAAGAAAAAAGCAAAACAAUCACUUAAGGAAGCUAAAGCCGCCGGUGUAACUGAGAUCACUGCCAAAUUGGAUGACACUAAAAUUACAGAAAACUUAUCUGAGAAAAAUUUGCAGGAAGAAAAGAAAAAAUCCGCCUUAAGUAAGGCUGAAAGACGUGCCAUACAGGAAGCGCAGCGCGCAGCUAAAGCACAAGCCCUCGCACAAAAGAGCGGUACGCCAAAAGCAAAACCAACAUCCGCCAGCGCCAAACAAGCAAAUAAGCAACUAGCUGAUGUAACUGUAAAAGCCACUGUAACUAGUGCUAGUCCUUCACCAACCAAAAGCAUUAGCCCUGUGUCAAAGUCUCAUCGCAUCAACGAUUGCAAGGUGCGCCUGUUCAAUCAUUUAGAAAAGGCAAGACAAGAAGUCAAUCUAUUUCUGAACAAUACUCACAUACAUCCGAGUAUCGCUCGUCUAGGAGAACAGUAUGCUCAACGCACAAUUGUUGGUUCGAAUGCACGUUGCAUUGGCUUCCUGAAUGCAUUGAAAAUGGUUAUUAGAGACUUUGAAACGCCGCCGAAAAAAGAGUUUGCUCGCAGUUUAGAGACGACAAUCACGAAUAGCGUGGAACAUUUGCAGAAAUGCCGACCGCUCGCAGUAUCCGUGAGCAAUGCAUACAAACACAUUAAACAUGUAUUGACGCAAUUGCCCACUGAUCAACCGGAAACAGAGCUAAAAGAGAACUUAUGCCGUUUCAUCGACACAUAUAUCGAGAAUCAAAUUGGCAAAGCGGCCGAAGCUAUUAGCUACUCUGUGCAGGAGAAAAUUUCAAAUGGCGAUGUUAUACUCACAUUUGGCUGCUCGUCAUUGAUAACGUAUAUUUUCGAAGAAGCGCUACGCAGACGUGUUGAUUUUCGUGUCAUCGUUGUGGAUUCGCGUCCAUUCUGUGAGGGUCAAGAGCUGCUGCGACGCCUCACCGUCAAAGGCAUCCCUUGUAGUUAUGUACUCAUCAAUGCGGUGAGCUUCGUUAUGCCCGAAGCAACUAAAGUGUUAUUGGGCGCGCACGCACUGCUGGCUAACGGAUAUGUGAUGGCGCGCACGGGAACCGCACAAGUUGCACUGGUUGCACACUCGUUCAAUGUGCCCGUGUUGGUGUGUUGUGAAACUCAUAAAUUUAGCGAACGCUCACAAACCGAUGCCAUCGUCUAUAAUGAGCUGGGCAACCCCGAUGAUCUGAUAAGAAGCGCCCAGUGCAGUUUGGCGAAUUGGCAGACGAAAGGGAAAAUGUCACCUUUGAAUCUGAUGUACGAUAUUACGCCACCCGAACUAGUCACUGCUGUGGUCACCGAAGUAUCCAUAUUACCCUGCACUAGUGUGCCCGUGAUAUUGCGUAUAAAACCAACUGAAAUCGGUUAUUAGAGACAGUUUGCUAAAUCCUUUCAAUACUUACACACUUGUGUAACAUAAUGGUGUAAUAAAAUUACUCAAAUCAACUUAAAAGAAAAUAGAAAA